UCUCCGCGUCUUCUUGCCUCUCUUUCUCUUUCAUGCAUCUCUCUCUCUCUCUCUCUCUCUUUAAGACAAUCAUUCGUUUUACCCCCCUCGUCAUUCUCACUGUUUGCUCCUCAGACGGCGUCGUACUUUCUGCUUUUUCUUCUCCGUCUGCCGGCUGGGAAAUUCGUCUCCCGCUCAGUCGUCACGUCACGGUUGGGAUCUAGAUUGCACCGAGCCUUAGGCCCUUAGCUUACCUCCGCCGUUCGCCCCCCCACAUAGAUACGUCGCUCUCUCCAUCAGAACCCUGCAUCUAAUCCUCCACCACCAUUUAUCGUCGGGCCGAUUCUUUCACACAGCAGGGAAUCUCCAAAAAAAUGCUUGGUGAAGGCCCCGAGGACACUUCACGGCCGUACGUCCCGCCAUUACUGGAUGACGAAGAGGCUCGUUCUGUCGAUCCCGACGCUUCCGAUCAGCCCGAGGACGAGGAGGCCGCUCUUCGAUAUCUCCCCGUCUGGCUACGGGAGUCUUCCAAAUCUUUUCGCUGGGCCUGGGUACCUUUACCGCUGCGCAAAGUCGGUCGGGCCACCGCGGAUUGGGUCAGGGGCCCCAAUCCCCCGCAAUCGCUGCUUCUGCGACCUUUGUUCCCGCAGAUCCAGGAACUUCCGGUCCGCUAUCUCGAGCGCUUCUUCCCCAAGCGCAAGCAGAAGAUCGGCUUGUUGGUGCUGCUUUAUUGUAUCUGGCUUCUACCGUGGAGUCUGGUGCUCUGGCAUUCGCGGCAAGCUGGGUAUAUCGAGGGUUAUGGGCGUCCGCAGACUCUCUCCUGUCGGACAAGCUUUUGGGCGCACGGGAAUGAAUGUGGUUUGAAUGGAAAUGACUGUCGUCCGUUCUCGGAGUCGACUAUCGCCUUCCGCUGUCCUGCUAACUGCCACGACGCCAAGUUGCUCGAGCCGCAUAUGGUUGGAAAUGAGACCUAUAGUUAUCAGGGCCUGGUUGUGGGAGGGCCGGAGCCCGGCUCGGAUGAGCCCGGCAUCUACCGGGCAGACAGCUAUGUCUGCCAAGCGGCCAUCCAUGCGGGCGUCAUCACUAACGCGGUUGGUGGCUGUGGUGUGGUGAGGUUGGAAGGUGCUGCGCACUCGUUUCUCGCCUCCAAGCAGCAUGGUAUCCGCUCGGUCGGCUUCCCAUCUACCUUCCCUAAGUCAUUCAGCUUUGUGGAGCUGUCCUCGUCGCAGGCGACGUGCCCUCAGGAUCCUCGGUGGCCGCUGCUCGGCAUUACCAUUGGUGUUUUGAGCGUGCUUUGGCUCUUCAGCACCUCCCCACCGGUGCUCUUCUUCAGUACCUUCUUUUUGCUGUUCUGCCAAGUGGGACUUGUUUCAGAUCCGCCGUCUUUCACUCAAUUUGCCGACCUGCUCUCGAGUCUGCUGUCGCGGCUGCUACCGGCCUCUUUCGUGGCCUACGUCCUAUUCAAGUACUGCGCACGACCGCUAUUGGCUCCGCUAUCGGAGCCUGUUUAUCAGUUCACCAAGACGCUGCUCUACUUGCCUCCUGCCUUCAUUGGUGGUCUCAACAAUUAUACCUUCGCGAGGUUGAUUCCCUUGGAACGACUCACACCCCACGAUAUCCAGAAGCAGCCUGGAGCGAAAGUAGCGUUGGCGCUCGUCAUUCCUACGGUGAUCGUGAUCAUCCUCACUCAAGCUUGGCAAAUUCGCAUGGGCGGCUUGAUGCCUCGCUAUCUCAAGGUCUACUGUACGAUGGGCCUCGUUCUCUUGAUCUUACUUCCUUUGCCAGGGCUUCGCUUGCGCAUUCAUCACUACAUUCUUGCCAUUCUCCUCAUGCCUGGCACGGCCCUUCCGACCCGUCCAUCACUGAUCUAUCAGGGCUUGCUUCUUGGCCUCUUCAUCAACGGUGUUGCCCGGUGGGGGUUUGCGUCGAUCAUCGAAACACCCGCAGCCUUGGGCGAGCAAGCGCCAGGUCCUGGUGGAGCGCACGGGUGGUGGGGCGGCACUUACCCCAACGUCAGUGAUUCCUCCGUCUCAAUCUCGCUACCCGGGUUGGACUCUCCUGAAGCCCACCACGGCAACGGUAACAUCACCUUCAGUCUCUGGGAGCGGCAACGCAUGGCCAAACUGGGCGUGGAUGGAAUAUCGGUUCUGGUGAACGAUGUAGAACGCUGGCGCGGAUAUCUUGAUGAAGACAAACGCGGAGAAUUUAUUUGGCAUAGACAUGGACACAGUGGCCUCGAAUUGCAGCACCAACCAACGAUCGAAAGUGAUGCGAUGGAUGUGGGCAUCCUCCGCGAGGAGGAAGAUCCCAAGCCAGAAGAUCUCUUCUUCCGUUUUGCUUUCCUCAAGGGAGCGGAAGCUGGCAAGUAUGGAGGGGCAGGCGUGUGGCUGCAAGACGGACGAUGGAUGUCCCCGUUGCCCCCCAAGUCCUAGAUCUGGUGGUUUAUUGCAUGGUUGGAGCCUCGAGAUGGUGUUGGCGGCGUAUAUAUCUGUGCUUAUGAUUAAUGAUCGUUCCUGCCUUAUAGGUGAUGUGGUGUUUGUGCAUGCCUUGAUAGUAGACGUUAUAUAGAGUUGCAGAGAUAUAUGAGGUGAUAUGUUUGCAUUCGUG